GGGUGAGUACGCCUGCGCGGCGGCUCUGACAGACAUGGCGCCGUAACAGCACAUGGCGGCGAUCGGCACGGUCACUCUUACCGUCUGGCAAAGUGCGGUAAAAUCCGAUCGCGAUCCUCCCGCCUCCACUCGGACACCGGCCCCGAGGCCCGCCGGGCAUUCGGUCUCCACCUUCGCCGGUUGCUAUUUCUCGGGCCCUUUCUCGUGCGGCGGGCGGCGUGCGGUUUGAGGGAGCGAAGGCCAUGGGGGUGCAGGGGUUCCAGGAGUACAUCGAGAAGCACUGCGCCAGCGCCGUGGUGCCCGUGGAGCUGCAGAAGCUGGCCCGGGGCAGCCUGGUGGGUGGAGGCCGCAACCGGCCUCCGCAGACUCCGCUCCGCCUGCUGGUUGAUGCCGAGAACUGCCUGCACCGCCUCUACGGCGGCUUCUACAACGACUGGGUGAGCGGCGGGCAGUGGAACCACAUGCUGAGUUACCUGGCCUCCCUCUCCAAGGCCUGCUUCAGUGGCAACAUCGAGCUGGUGGUUUACUUCAACGGCGCGCUGGAGAAGCCCCGCCUCCACGAGUGGGUGAAGAAGCAGAUCAACGACAGGCAGACAGCCCAGCAGAUCAUCAGCCACGUCCAGAACAAAGGCACCCCGCCGCCCAAAGUCUGGUUCCUUCCCCCUGUCUGCAUGAGCCAUUGCAUCCGCCUCGCUCUCCUCCGCUUCCGCGUGAAGGUUGCACAGAGCAUUGAAGAUCACCAUCAAGAAGUGAUAGCCUUCUGCAGAGAGAAUGGUUUCCAUGGUCUGCUUGCUUAUGACUCGGAUUAUGCAUUGUGUAACAUCCAGUACUAUUUCAGUGCCCAUGCCCUUAAACUGAGCCGGAAUGGCAAAAGCCUCACUACCAGCCAAUACCUGAUGCAUGAAGUUGCCAAGCAACUGGAUCUGAAUCCUAGUCGCUUUGUUAUCUUUGCUGCACUCUUAGGCAACCAUAUCCUACCUGAUGAAGAUUUGGCUGCCUUUCACUGGAGUUUACUGGGUCCAGACCAUCCUCUAGCCUCAUUAAAGGUACGAGCACACCAGCUUGUUCUACCACCUUGUGAUGUAGUGAUAAAAGCAGUUGCUGAAUAUGUUCGCAAUAUUCAGGAUAUUGGUGACUUGGAUGCAGUUGCUAAAGACGUUUUUAAACGUUCUCGGUCCAGGACGGAAGAUAAAAUUGAACAAUUCAAGAGGGCGGUUGAAUAUUAUUCCAUUGCAAGCAAACCUCCAUUAUUUCAGCAUGGUCCAACACCUUUCCCAGGAAUGAGACUGAAUCAGUUUGGAGUACCUGGUGUAAUACCACACUAUCCACAUCCACAAAUGCUUAACAUUCCACAAUCCCAUCUUCAGGCGAAGGCUAUGGGCCAACGACUAGUUAGCCAAGCUGCCACUUCAGGACAGAGACCUUCUGACUUGUAUUCACCUAACAAAGAACAGCCAUCAUCAUUAGGUACAUACCAGCCUGCUCUGUCUGACCCCAGCCUCACCCUGGAAUCCAACAACAGUUACAGCAACAUUCCUCAUGAAGGGAAGCAUACACCUUUGUAUGAGCGUUCCUCACCAAAUAUUUCUACGGUUUCAGCUGUGAGUCCAAAUCACUGUGGCAUAGAAGGUCCAUUUUUCCCUGCUUCUUCAACAUCAUCUUCAUCCGAUAAUGAGGAAAAUAGAGGUGCUGUUAAUCACGUUACUGAACCACAUCACCAAGUUGGGCAUGUAUUAGCAUGGGAAAAACCUGGAAAUCAAUCUGACGUUUUGGACAAGUCUUCUGGAGGAGGGCAUCAGAAAGGUGUUUCUAUUCGCAAUGAAACAAAGGUUGAGGAGCUUUCUGGCAAUCCAGGAUGCCAGGUAGAUGCAAAAGUUUCCCCUGCAUCAGCUGGAAGCAGACUAAGCCAAAUCAACACUGAACAUAUUCCAUCUCUACUGUCGGUGCCUACAAGAAACCACAUGGACAUAACCACACCUCCUGUGCCAAUGGUGGCUCCAGAGGUAUUAAGAGUUGCUGAACACAGGCACAGAAAAGGACUGAUGUACCCUUAUGUAUUUCAGGUGCUCACUAAGGGUGAGAUUAAGAUCUCCAUUAGCAUAGAAGAUGAAGCCAAUAAGGACUUGCCUCCUGCUGCUUUGCUAUAUAGGCCAAUACGGCAGUGUGUAUAUGGAGUCCUCUUUAGCCUGGCUGAGGCUAGGAAAAAGGCUGAAAGACUUGCACUAAGAAAAAAUAGAUUCCCUACUGAAAUUCCCCCCGUUUUAGUGAAGGAAUGGGCUGCUUACAAGGGGAAAUCACCCCAGACUCCAGAACUGGUAGAAGCACUUGCUUUUAGAGAGUGGACGUGUCCCAACUUAAAGAAGUUAUGGCUAGGAAAAGCUGUGGAGGAUAAAAACAGAAGAAUGAGGGCAUUUCUUGCCUGCAUGAGAUCAGAUACACCAGCCAUGCUUAAUCCCUCAAACGUCCCAACACAUCUUCUAGUUCUUUGCUGUGUGUUACGCUACCUGUUGCAGUGGCCAGGAGCAAGGAUUCUGCGUCGCCACGAACUCGAUGCAUUCCUUGCACAGGCUUUAUCUCCAAAACUUUAUGAACCAGAUCAGCUACAGGAGCUUAAGAUUGAAAGCCUGGAUCCCCGUGGUAUUCAACUUGGAGCACUGUUUAUGAGUGGGGUCGAUAUGGCACUUUUUGCAAAUGAUGCAUGUGGGCAGCCAAUUCCAUGGGAGCACUGCUGUCCGUGGAUGUACUUUGAUGGCAAACUUUUCCAAAGCAAGCUUAUAAAAGUGAGCCGGGAAAAGAUACCCUUGAUUGACCUCUGCGAUGGUCAGGCUGAUCAAGCUGCAAAACUUGAGAAGAUGCGUCAGAGUAUUCUGGAAGGCUUAAACCUUUCCAGGCAAGGUCAUCCUAUUGCUUAUCCUCCUCCAGCAACCAUGCAUUUUUAUCCAACUGCAGUUUAUCCACGACCUGUUGGACCAAUGCUGUCACACCAUAAUAGAGGAAGAGGUGUGGGUGGUGUUCAGCCAAUGCCCUCUCAAGGAGGAAAACUGGAGAUUGCAGGGACAGUUGUGGGCCAAUGGGCAGGGAGCAAGCGUGGGCGUGGCAGAACAGCUUUCCCUUUGCAAGUUGUUUCCGUGGGGGGACCAGCCAGAGGACGUGCAAGAGGAAUAAUCUCCAGCCCAGCUGCUAGUCGUUUCAGCAGAGGACCCAAGUACCACACUAAAAGUGCUGCUGUUUGGAAUGUCAGAAAUCAGGGGGUUCAGCCAGCUUAUGCUGCAUCUGCAGAAGAAGUUGCUCAAGAAUUGAAGGGGCCUGUAUAUUCGGGAGACCAUGGUUCGGAGGAACAUGAUAAGUCUCAGUCAGGGCUUGUAGCAGACUCUUCAGAUAGCUCACUUGCUGAAAAUGGAGUUUCAGAUGAAAGUAAACCCAUUUCCCAGCUGAAUGGAAACAAAGGAGAUGUCAGGGCUUCCAAUCAAACUGAAAGUGCCUUGAAUAAUGACUCUAAAAUGUGCAAUACAACUCCUCACUUAAAUGCACUAAGUACAGAUGGCGGUUGCAAUAGAGAUGAAAAUCUUGGUACUGCUGUCCUGAAAAAGGAAGAGUAAUUUUUUUUUUGUUUUUUUGUUGAGGGGGUGAAGGAUGUUUGGAAGGUUACAGAAUAGGAAUAUUUGAAAAGGAUGGCCUACAGUUGCAUACAUUAUUUUCUUCUCAGAGAAACGAGGACAUUGGAAAUUCGGAUCCCUCUUUGAUGUCAGCUGUUUAACAAGCAAUCUUUCUAGCCAGUUGCAGUUGAAUGCUACAAAAUGGAAUGAAGAGCAUUUGACUCCCACAUUUGACAUGGUAUUACAAGACAUUCAAACUGGUUAAGACGAUUUUCAUUUUCUUUUACAGAAGGUAAAGCAAAUAUGGCUUUAAUUUGGCAGUCUUUAAUAGGUUAAAAUACAGUACAGUACUUGGCACCAUAACUUUGCCAUCUUAAUUGAUUUUAUGUGUUGUGUCAGUUGCUUAUUUUAAGAUUUAAAUUUCAUAAGCCUAAAAAGGCACAGAACCACAAAAAAAAAUCUAUUACUUCAGUGUCAUUAGUUUUGGUGUGGUUAUGUCAGCAAAAGAUUUUUAAAAAUAAAAUAAUUCAAUGUUAAGUUACUAGGAAGUAAUAUCGCAGCUUCAGUUUUGGCAAUCUUUAAGAAAAAGCAAGUAUGUGUAAGAAGCAAAUUACAUGUCAAGAAACAACUGAAACCAUUCAUUGAAGAUGCAGAUGACCUUUAAAAAGUUAAACAUCACCAUACAAUUGAUAAUUUUGUGAAUAUGACGGCUCUUACCAUGCAUCCGUGAAUCAAUGAAAUCAGUGGUUUUUGAAUCAAAUGUAGACAUUAGUACUACUUCGGCUAAACUUCUGCAUGGUUCAUAAUUUUUGAAGUGUGUAGUUAAUAUUAUGCAUGUUAUCGUCCUCUUUCUUCCAUCCUACAAGUACUGUGCCCAUUUGCAAAUUUUAAAACAGUUAGUCAUAGUCCUAUAAAAAAUGUUAAAAUAUGUUUAGUCAUUAACUGAUCUUGCUCUAACCUUAAAUUUUGUGGUUAUUGACCUCUGUUGCAUUUAUUCUAAAACUACAAAAAUUAUCUAGCCACUCUGAAUGAUUAAUGUUAACCCUGGUGUACUCAUCGCUACUGUAUUCAUAUUGUUCUCUGUUGCUGUUUUAUGCAUUUGUAUUAGCAAAGUGAUCUUUCUACAAAAUUCUUGAAAAGCUUCAAUUGUCAAAAAAAAUUACCCCCCUACAUAGCAGACAAUUCAGCAAAUUGCUCAUUUUAAAAAUUUCCCGUCAAGAGUUUAGUAUAAGCAGGUAUACUUGUAUCGUUUUGCUGUUUCAUUAGUGUUUCAAACCAGAUGUACUUUGAAUCAGAAUUCUUUAUUAUUUCAUAUAAUUUUCCUGAUGCUCUUCAUCACACAUUAGUGAACGGAAAUAAAAUGUAACGCCCCACCCCCAAAAUCCCCUGCCCGCAACAGCUACAUAGUACCUUUUCUGUAAGUUGAAAGGAGUUCUACCUACAUAUGGAUUGUGCAAGAAUGAACUACUGUUGGGUUUGCUAGGUUGUUGAUGGAUUAUGGUGUGGUGUAAUACUGGAAGGCUAUUGAAUGCAACUUACAAUGCUUAAUAAAAAUCUUUAUUCUUUUAGUAUAAA